CGGGGAGUGGGCGGGGCUUGCUCUGCUCCGCUUCCCCAGUCAUGGCGGCGGCCCCUGCUGCUGCUGCUGUUGCUGCGGGGAGGGAGAGGGCAGAGGGGGGAGGGGAGGGGCCCUCCCCCCCGCUGCCGCCACCCCCCCGCGGCCAGAAAGCAGAUGCCCCUGCCCAAAAAGUCCCAGAUGUCUUCUACACUGUUAACAUUCAGGAAAGCCACAAAGACUGGACUUGCGAUGAUAUCUUUGAUGAGAUGACAAGAAAAGAACUUUGCACAGACACUUUCUGUAAAGUUUGUGGGGCUGUGCUGCAGUUUGAAUCACAACGAAUAGCACACUAUGAGGGCAAAAGGCACGCACAGAAAGUCCGACUUUAUUUACAAAUGCAUAAUGAACGAAAGGACAGGCUGCAUAUGAAUUUCCAGCCAGCCAUUCUUUGUCUCCCAAACAUCAUGAGUGUGAGAGAAAAAGUAUUGAUGACCAAGGAGAAUCCAAACAUGGACAAAAAUACAUAUUGCAGACUUUGCAACAUGAUCUUCACAUCUCCAGUUGUUGCUCAAUCACACUAUUUGGGAAAGAUCCAUGCCAAGAAAGUGAAGCAGUUGUCAGAUCAGACUCAGCCCAUACAGGAUGUUCAGUCAGAACCUGAUUCCUCUGCAAUUCCAGUUCUGCCAGAGGCAUCUCUUGAAAAGAACUCACAACAGGAUGUCGAUUCUGAGGACUCAUCUUCAUCCUGUAGAACUGCUCUGGAUUUAGAUGAUCCAGAUAAGUAUUGCAAACUCUGCUCCGCAACCUUCAACAACCCACUUAUGGCCCAUCAACACUAUGUGGGCAAAAAGCACAAAAGAAAUGAAUUACGUAAGAAGUUGAUGGCUGAGAUAGGAACUCAGGCUAUCCCUGUGGAGUCCAAGGCCAACGCACUCGGUGUGGGCAACUACAUAUGCCCGACGUGCAGUAUCAGCCUCACAUCCAUAGAGAUGUAUCAGUCACACAUGCAAGGAAAUAAGCAUCAGGUUAAAGAAACUAUGAUUGCCACCUCUCUGAUGAAGAACUCCAAGAAAACAUAUAGUUCCUUCCAAGAUGAACUGGCAGAUUACAUUAAAGUACAAAAGGCAAGAGGACUGGAACCAAAAAUUAAUUUUAGAAAGCCAGAGAAAGAAAGGUGUGAAGCCAUAAAUGGUCAUGAGGAAAUCUUUGCAUCUGACCGAGAUUUUCAUUCAAGGAAUGUUUAUGAACCACAUCAGCAUUCCAUUUUUUUUCCAGAAGUGUGCGCAUUUUCAUAUUCUGUGGAAAACAGAUUGUCACACCCACCAGUGCGUAAGGGCCCAGUAAAGCUAGAAAAUGUAUGUAUGGCUCUGUACAGCACAGACUGUAGUUCUGAAAAGCAAGUGUCUCAGUUGACUCCCUACAAAGAUGAUAGCCGCAAACCAUCGUUGGUGGAAUCUAGUGAUGGCCAUAAGGAUUUGUCUUUAGAGAACAGCUCUAGUGCUGAGAAGAGAAGCCAAAAGCUGCCAAAGACAUCCAGAGCCAAAAAAGAAUGGCCACAAGAGGGAGGAGGAGACCCUUGCCAACAUCUUUUAACUCUUAAAAGAAAACAGUGCAAUCGUGAUGCUGAGUUGGAAAAAGACGGUAAGAAGAAAAAGGAAAAAAGUGGUAUAGAUGCAAGAGCUGGGUCAAAAUCAAAGCGUAAUAAAGUAAAAGGAAGUAAAGAUGGCUCUUCUGAAAAGGAGAGCAAAAGACACAAGAAGGAGAAAACGAAGUAUGAAGCCAGUGGAGCAACAGAAGAGGAGAUGCUGUGGAAUGAAUCUGUCUUGGGAUUUUAAUUAACUUGGUGUUUCUUGUAGCCUGAACCAUGGCAUAGUUUUUAUGUUUUACUUACUGGCUAUUUUUUAAAUUGCUCCUUCAGAAAUAAUGGGUGAUGGGGUUUAUGAUCAUUAGGGAAGAAAUUCAGAAACACUCCAAUAUGCUUUGAAAUAUGAUUUAUAUUCAAAAGUGCUUCUACCCAGAACAAGACUGAACACACUAUAAAAUAUUAUGAAAUAUGCUUCCAACAUUUCAAAGCUGGUGCAGACAAACACAUAAUGUCUCUAGUCCCAUUAUAUAUGUAUUGUUGUAAACUUUAACAGAGAAUAUGGAAAUAUGAGAGGGGGCUGGAUUGUAUCCUAAGGAAUGUUUUUUUCUUCCUGCAGAUAAUAAAGAACAAAGUUAAACACA